AUGUGGAAAAAAAAUGAUGCAAAUAAGGAUGAUGUGACCGAAGGCAGUAUUGAACAUGAAGUAGACUCUAUUAUGGAAUUUUUAGAGAAAAUUUCUGGUGUACCACUUAAGUGGGCAGAAUUUGCCAGCAAUUCAUCAACCCAUAGAAAGAAAAAAUAUGGAAAUCGACCUGAUUGUGCUUUUAAUAUCAGACCAAUAGAUUCUUUAUGGAGAAUUGAAAAAAAUUUUAAAGUUAAGAAUAAUAUUACUACAAUGGAAAUUCAACUCAAUUUUAUGUUAGAUAAUGAAACACACAAAAAGAUCCCAAUUGGACAAUUGGUAAAAUUAGAUACAUUAUUGUAUUCACAUGGUACACCCACAUCCUCAAGUCUAUUGUAUAACUUAUUAAGAAAAUUGGUUGACUUAGGGUGCUUAUUAAAAGAUAUAAAAAAAGAAUAUGAGUCAUGUAUAAAUAGUAGCCUCACUUACAAUCCAGAGGACCAAGAAAAAUAUUAA